UGUCACGGCAAGUUGGAACACGGACUACAUGCUCGAAAGUGUGGGGGGCAGUCAUGACAGCCUAUCCGAAUGAACAGAAAUAUUUCUCAGCCGAUCAAGACCGGAGAGUUGCGGCCCCUGUGAACCCCAACGACAUCUCUCGUCGAGGCCGAGAACCUGUCAAACUCUCCCCCGAAGAUAUUGCAGUCUUGAAAGAGUGCGAUUCCGAGUCUUUCUACCAGAGGAGCCUCCCUCUGAUGGCGGGCUACGUCAUUGGCGCCGAAGUCGCUUUUAGGAAGGGACUGUGGCAACCAAAUGCUUCUUUCGGCAAGAUCCCGAAGAUGGCCGCAGGACUUCUUGGAGCUUACAUUUUCGGUCGGAUAUCAUACAUCAGCGUCUGCACCCAGAGGUUGAAGGACCUUCCGAAUUCAGAAUUCGGAGAGCUUCUGAGAAAAAAGGCGCAGGGUGGCUUCGACGAGGGAGGCCAAUCAGGGUUCGAUCAACUGACUGGACGUCGCGACGAACCCGCCCCCAGAGCUUCCCCAUACCCGUAUCAACCCCCUAGAGAGGAAAUCGUGCACGAACGAGCCGGAGAGGAACAACCUGGGAGAAAGAAGUCUUUCGAAGAUCUCCGGAACGAGAAUCGUCUCAUGCACGCCCACAAUCAAUACUCUCAGGUCGUCCAGCAAUAUGGCGGGUCCGGCGCGCCUCCCCCUCAGAGCCCCGCACCGUCUCCGAACAGUCAACCGGAGUCCUUCACGGAUCCUUUCGCGCCUCUAACCCCACCAGAGAGAGAUGACAGCGUCUUUGACGCAGUAACUGCCAAGCCGAAACGCGUGAGGAGGAAUGCCUACGGCGACGUGUUCGAAGAAUGAGUGCAGAGGAGUCCCCGGCGCUUCUGGCGAGUGUUCUCUUAGUCUUUAGAUCGGGAAAUAAUGACAGCAUGAUACAGAACGAUUGUUCAGAGAGCCGUACUUUACGGUGACUACAAUC